UUAGUUUGACGACAGCUAUCUGCUGUGAAGGCGCGCUCCCAAACACACGCUGAAACUUCAAAAACUUAACUCUCCCUCCAAAAAAUUUAUUUUAAAAACUCUAAGUUAAGCGGAUGAAUUGCAGUAACAAACGAGAGAAAAAAAGUUGUGUGAAAAAUCGUGAGUUGGUGCUUACAAUUAAAUAUUUUUCUGUAUGUGGUGCGUUAGAAGUUAAUCGAUAAACUUUACCUAAGUAUUCUGAAAUAGGUUCAAAUUAUACCUUGGCCGUAAAUGUCGUAACAAGUUACCCUAAACGAAGAGUUACGUGUUUCGUUCCCAAUUUUAGCCCAUUUAACUAAUGAAAAUGCAACCAAUUAAAAGGCCGUUAAUAUCACUUGCCAUGCCAGAAAAUUGUUGUCUACAUUAACACCUAAUUAAAAUGAAAUAAAAACAAACCAUGUCUUCUACAAAUAUUUACGAAAAUUUGCCACUGAAAAAGCUCAACAGCGACGACUCCUCGAAGACCCGUAACGGCCAAAACUCCGAGGUCAAGCAGAAGAAGAGAAAAAGCACGCCCGACAUCCAGAAAGUCUCUCCACAAAAUAACAUUCCAAAAAAGCCGAAAUCCUCCAGAAGCAUUUCUGAGAUGUUCUUCAACAGGAACCUUGAGCACGCUGACAACGCUGACAGAGAAAGUGAAGAAAAUUUGACCAGUGGCGGAGAAAAAAUUGACGCUGAAGAGAGUUGCAAGAAAGUUCAAUCUACUCCGACGUCUACUCUAGACGAUGGUUACGAGUCUUGCAACAGCACUCCUUUAGUUUCAGGUAGAGCCAAACCUAUUAAACAUCAUAAUAAUCAAACCAGUAACAUAGUACUUACCUGCACACUAAGAAAAAAAGAUCUUCAUGUACAGCUCGAAGAAGAUGAAAAGGGUUACGAAUCCUUCAUAUUAUCCACAAGUUCUAGUCAAGCAGGCGAAGCGGACUCUGAUUCGCCAAACGUUCCGGACGAAAGCAGAGAAACGUGGAGUUCAGGCGCUGAUUUUUUAUUAUCCAUCAUUGGAUUUGCAGUUGAUCUCGCUAAUGUUUGGAGAUUUCCUUAUCUUUGUUAUAAGAACGGAGGAGGGGCUUUUUUAGUUCCGUAUACUUUAAUGUUAGUCUUCGGAGCUGUUCCCUUGUUUUAUAUGGAACUCAUCUUGGGACAGUUCAAUAGGCAGGGACCUAUUAGUUUAUGGAGGAUAUGCCCUCUAUUCAAGGGUGUUGGUUUCUGUGCCGUCCUAGUUGCGUUUUACGUUUCGUUCUAUUAUAAUGUAAUAAUAGCGUGGGCAUUGUACUUUUUGGGAACAAGUUUCACUCCAGAUUUACCGUGGUUACAUUGUAAUAACACAUGGAACACGGGAAAAUGUUGGGAAAGCAUGUUGCCGGGUACUUCCAACGUUACCGUAAAAGCUCCAAUAUUUAACGACACAACACCUACAAACAGGCAUACACCAGCAUCAGAAUUUUUUCACCGAGCAGUAUUAGAAAUGCAAUGGAGUGAUGGAUUACACGAAAUGGGUUACCCGAAAUGGCAGCUGGUUUUAUGUUUGAUGCUUGUCUACGUAAUGUUGUACAUAUCUCUGUUUAAAGGAGUCAAGUCGUCAGGGAAGGUUGUUUGGGUAACUGCCACCAUGCCCUACGUGGUUCUAACAAUUCUUCUUAUUCGAGGGUUAAUGUUACCAGGAUCAGGCAUGGGUAUCUCGUACUAUCUGAAGCCGGAGUUAUCUAAACUUAGAGAAACACAGGUCUGGGUUGAUGCUGCCGUGCAAAUAUUCUACUCCGUGGGAGCAGGAUUUGGUGUACAUCUCUCUUAUGCCAGCUACAACACGUUCCACAACAACUGUUUCAGGGAUUGCAUUGUGACAACUGCCGUGAACUGUUUUACAAGCUUCUUCUCGGGAUUCGUGAUAUUCACCUAUUUGGGAUUUAUGUCGUACAAACAAGGCGUUCACAUUAGCACAGUCGCUACCGAGGGGCCGGGUCUGGUAUUCCAAGUGUACCCAGAAGCCGUGGCUACCCUCCCCGGAUCUCACUUCUGGUCAAUGCUGUUCUUUUUCAUGCUGAUCAUGCUCGGACUUGACUCUGCUAUGGGAGGGCUGGAAUGUGUAAUCACCGGCUUAAUGGAUGAAUACACGACGUUCUUCAAAACUCGAAAGCAUUCGAGGGAGAUUUUUACGCUUGGCGUCAUCAUUGUUUCCUUUUCCGUCGCGCUCAUCAAUGUCACUCCCGGCGGUAUUUACACUUUUAACCUGUUUGAUACUUACUCCGCUGGAAUUUCUCUGUUGUGCUCGGCUCUCUUUGAAGCGAUUGCUGUUUCAUGGUUCUAUGGUUUGGACAGAUUCACUCAAGACGUUGAAGCAAUGAUUGGAUCUAAACCUGGACUUUACUGGAGGAUUUGCUGGAAAUUCAUCAGUCCGACCUUCAUAAUUAUGGUAGUACUCUUCGGAUUGCUCAACCCUCAGCCACUUAAAUAUAACGACUACUUGUACCCCAGAUGGGCAGAAUGGGUCGGAUGGGGUUUAGCUCUUUCGUCCAUUAUAAUGAUUCCAUUAGUUGGUGUGUUACAGUUGAUCAAAACUGAGGGAACUUUGAAAGAGAAACUUGCUAUUAGUAUCACUCCUGUAGAAGAACACGAAGAAAUCCGACGGAGUAAACUAGUAAGUAGAUUUAAGGCUAAACAUUGGUUAUUCGUGUAAGUUCUUUUUCAAGUUUCUGUCAAUCUUUGUUUGUGUUGUAUUUUCAUUGCGCUGGUCGUAUAUGAUUUUUUCAUGUUAAGUGUUCUGUAUAAAUGAAUAUGGUAGUUCUAGAUGUUUAAUUGUAAGAAUAUUUAAGAACGGUCGUGCCAAAUUGUGCUACUCUUAAAAAUACCAGUAAUACGACUUAACAAGUGUCGAUUGGCAAUCAUAUGAACAAUAAAAGCUUUAUGUAUAAAUGUUUAAACGUAAUAAGUAUAAACUGUUUGUAGAUCAAAGUAUUAAAUGGUUUUACGUAACAAAUGCAUGAAUUUGAUAUGAAAGUAUUUGAUUUUUUUGGGUCCAAAAUGUUUCAUAUGGCUGGCCCAUAUAGAAAUAAUAAAUAUAGCGGAUAAAUAGUUGAACAAGAAAAGCAGUUUUGUAAAUAAAAUAAGGUCGUCAAAAUAAGUUUGCUAUGAGCUGUGUUCUUGUUGAACUAAUUUAACUAGAAUAGUCUACUUUAAGUUUGUUUACUUAAAUUUGUAUAUUACUUAAUUUAUCGAGGUGAAAUCAACGAUUGGAGUUAGAAAAAUGUUGUUUGCCAUAAAUGCCAAAGUAUUUGAACUGAGCUUUAUACGUUUUUUAUAAUUUAUUUUUGGAGAUACUAGUCCUAGAUGUAGUUUUGAUGUUGUAAGUGCAGUCUGUGUUAUUCGAAAGGAGAAUCUUCCUUGUGGAGUAACAUAAACAAUUUUUGUGUGUAAAAUCGCCCAAAAAUAUUUAAACAAUUCUGCCUUCAUUGUUUAAAUAUUUUUUUAACAUUUAUAAAGAUAAGAUUUAUAAGAGCUACACGUACUUCAAGAGGUUUACAUUGUACCAAACAAAGCUUGUACAAUAAACACCAUAAAAAAUAAAACGUUU